AUGGUAGGUAUUGUAAAUUUUUCAACAAAACCUCAACAACAACAAAAAGAUGGAGAAAGUGUGGAAGCAAUCAUCAACAAGUUGAAAUUAAAUGCCUCUGCAAUUUCAGACUCCGACGACGAGAAUGAAGGAUCUCUCUCUUCGCGAUCCAGAAACUCUGGAAGGGGGGAACCUAUUGAGGAGAAGCUUAUACAAAAAGGAAAGGAAAUGGAAGACAAAAAGGAACAGCUAAGGGAUAGUAAUAACUCUAAUCUAAUGGAAAGAUUCGAGGAAAAGGAAAGAUUAAGAAAAGAUAAUAUUGAAAAUCAAAGGCAAGAAAUAAGUGAAGAGCUUUCUUUCAAGCCUGCGAUUUCGAAAUUAGGACAAAGUAUGCGAGGAAGGGAGGAUGUGAAUGAAAUCAAUAGAGCUUGGGAAAGAGAACGAGAUGAGAAGCUCAACAGACUGAGAGAAAUGAAAGAGGAGAAGGAAAUGGUUGAAGAGGUUUUCAAACCAAAACUUAAUCCUAGAACCCUUAAAAUUAUAAAUAAGAAAAAAGCGAAAGAUAACAAUUUGUCUCUUGAAGAAUCUUUUGAAAGGAAGGAAUUCUUGAGACAGCAACGAGUUGCAGAAAUGACUGAAGAUUAUUUUGGACAAAUUGCCCCAAUGACACCCAAGAUUACAGCCCAGGCAGCUAAAAUUAUGAGAGAUGGAAGUGUCACUGAUCGUCUUUACCAAUUGAGCUUUAAAAUGAAUGAGAAGAAGCAAGAAAUUUCAAUGCAACAAUUAGAAGAAGAAAAGAGACUCUACGAUUUCAAUCCAAAGAUUAACUUGACAGAUAUAGAAAGAGAUGACACUGUAUAUGAAGACUUAUUCCACAAGGAGGAACACUUUCGAAUGAAGAGGUACGAAAGAUUGGAAAAGUUGCUUGAAAGAGAGAAUAUGCUCCACUAUCCAAAAAUUAAUCCAGUUUCUGAAGAAAUUGCUUCAAGACUUCCAGUUUCAUCAAAGGAGAGACUUCUGAUAAGACCAGAAAAGAAGGAUUCACCAAACAAAUUGAACCUUAGCUUUAAACCACAGAUCAAUGAAAAAUCAAAAUUAAUUGAGGAAGAAAAACCAAGAAAUGAAGAUAGAAUCACGCAACUGCUAAACUUUGAAAAGAAGAAGAAGCAAGCAAUUGAGGAAAAGAGAAAAGAAAAGUGUGAAAAGGAAAUGGAAGAAUGCACUUUUAGACCAUCCAUUUCUGCAAUCCCAAGUAAGAAUCUUAACAAAUCUUUCAACGAUCGGGUUGUAUCUUGGGACAAUAAGAGGAAAGCCCGAAUGGAAAAGGAAAGAAGAGAGAAAUCUGUUCAAGAAAUGAGAGAAUGUACUUUUAAACCAGUAAUAGAAAGAAUGAAGCCUGAUGAAUUUUCAAAGAGUAUGGGAGAAGAGAGUGCAAUUGAACCUGUUGGUUUUGAUGAUUUUGUUCAAAGACAAGUUGAGGCUCGUGAAAAGAAGAAGAAUUCAGUUCGUGAAAUCAAGUAUGGAGAAAAUUGGAAGAAUGAAAUUACAGUACCAAAGGAAUUUACAUUCAACCAAAAAACCUCCCAAAUCAAAGCUCUUCGUAAACCAAUGACACCUCAAACAUCUAAGAUAUUAGAAUCUGAGGAAAUAGACAGAUUAGAAGAAUCGUUUAAUGACAUUUAUGACCAAAAUUUAUCAAAUCUUGACACUUCAGAUUUCCUUCCUCAAGGACUUUUCUCAACUAGAAGUACACAUGGCUUUUUGGAAUUUGCUUCCAUACCUCAACCAACUCCAAGUGGAUUGAAAUUGGAAGACAUUGCAGAAAGUAACGAAUAUGAUAGUCACUUUGAUUUGACAUCUCCUUCUGAUGAGUGGCUGAAGAGAAGCAUGCUAAAAGAAUAA